AUGAUCAGCGACCAGACAUGGAACCCUGAGUACCUGGACUGCGAAAGGCAACUGCGAGAUUUCGAUCGGUUGUAUGGCGAUGCCUCGUUCUCCCAGGAGCCUUCCACCGCGCAACAGAAGCCUCCCAAAUCCGACGAGCGCGAGGGUUAUAGUCUUGAAGCUUCGACAGAGGCCACGUUCACCGAAAACCUCAGUAUGUCCCUCCAAGAACUGUUUCCGGAAGGUUUCGGCCCUGCGUACUUGCCUCCUGCUGAACGUGAAGGUGUGGCGACAAGGGCGAGUACUGGUGAUGGCGGUGGAAGUCUCGGUGCCGGAGUUGUUACGAUGCAUGCCAGUACUUCUGCCAAUCCUCCGCUUGUCGGCGUUGUAGGCGAGCAGGCCGGCUUUGUAGGCGAGCGGACCGGUGAUUUCCAGGCCGGCGAUGUCACGAGCUACGUAGCCCCGCGCAACGACCAGCACGAAUUCGACUUCGGUGAGCCUCUGUCGGCCAAGGCCGGCAGUCAAGCCGUCGAGCAACCCAGGUUCCCGUACGACCCGAACUUUGCUCUGGCGGUCCCACAAGACUCUCAGGGGACUACAUACGCGGGACCGGUGCCGGCCUGGCCCAGCUCGCGCAGCAAUGUCGAUGGGAUCGCGAAUGAGCGUCCGAAGCCGCGCGACGACGUAUCAUCGAAGAGUAGACAGGAGGCCAACAAGGGGCGGCGCAGCGACAAGGAAAGCCCUGGCAUGCCCUGCAAGUGGUCUGGAUGCACGUCCACAUUCACAAAAAAAUACAACCUUGAUGAGCAUAUGAAGCUGCAUUACAACUUGGGAGAGUUUGUCUGCUGUGUGUCAAGUUGCGAAAAGCGGUCCAACACGAGGCACUUGCAGCGGAGUCACCACAUACGCAAGCAUCACAUUGCCAGGGAAUAUGCCUAG